UUUAAGGUAGAAUUAUUGCGUGGAUUAAGGUAGAAUUAUUGCGUGGAUUUAGCUGGGAAACUUGCACUUGGCUUUUGUCUUUCUCCAUUUUGAUUUUCCUGAUUGAAAAGUGAUCAAAUAAAAGACGGGUAUACCGGGUAUGCUGAGUACCCUUAUGAGAUGGGCGUGCGACUUAACCAAGAAAUCUCCAAGAUUGGUGUUUUUUCAACCAGUAAGAAAUCGUUUCGGAUUAAACAGAAGAGAAAAAUAUAGGCGACGCAUUGAUGAAUUUAAAGAGAAAUUAGAACAGUCGAAACAGAAAUUACCUUAUCAGGAAGAUGUGAUUCCGCUCCGUCCAUCGCGUGAUUUAUGGAAAGCACUCGGAUUUACUGUUGGAGUUGGAGCUGUAUCAUUUGCGCUGGCUACAGUAUGUGAUCUUAAAAGAUCCAAUAACAGGUGGCGUGAAAUCUACGAAGUGGUCAGUGUAAGAUAUAAUGAAACCAAAAAUCAUUUGUCUAAAUAUCGUCGACUUCGAGAUGGUGUCAAGUGUACUUUUAUACUCGUUGGCAUAAACGUAGUGGUGAUGCUGAUGUGGGGCAUCAGGUCUUGGCAGAUUUUCAUGUGGAGAUGGUUUACAAAUAGUUUUGCUUCAAAAGCUCUUUGUCUUCCAAUGGUAUUAAGUGCUUUCUCUCAUGCAAAUAUGCUUCAUCUUGUGCUAAACAUGUAUGUGCUCCACACAUUUGCCCCUGUUUCCAUCGAUUGUUUUCUUGGGAUUGAGCAGUUUUGGGCUUUCUAUGUAACAGCCGCUGCGGUAUCGUCCUUGGCUGGAAUAACGCACAAAUGUGUAAUAAGGACGAAUCGACGAGCUCUUGGAGCUAGUGGUGCGAUAAUGGCUCUAUUAGUAUACACAUGCAUUAAAUUGCCAGAUGCAAGACUAAAAAUUGUUUUUGUGCCCCAUUUUGAUUUCUCAGCGAAGUCAGCUGUGACUGGAAUGAUUGCUUUUGACUUCAUAUGUUUGCUUCUCGGUUUCAAAUUGUUCGAUCAUGCAGCACAUUUAGGAGGAUCACUGUUUGGAUUAUUCUAUGGUAUGUAUGGUCAGCAUCUUAUCUGGAAAAAAUAUGGUGACCAGAUCCUCAAAUUAUGUGGUCUAAGUGCAGAAAAAAGGCGAGACAUGGAGCGACCACGACGAAGUCGAAGUAUUCCGCCUCGUCAUUCUUGACUUUGUUCCUGAUUUAUAUACGCUUUUUUUUUGCUUCAUUGCUCAUGUGAUUUGAUAAUAUAAGUAUUGGAAGAAAUGACUUCAAGGCAUCCGUAAAGCCUUGUUUUUAGGAAGGGCUGAAUUUUCUUAUUCUCAAUUCUCCUUAAUAUGAUAAGAGAUAAAAGAAAGAUGAUUCCUGCUGAUCUGA